ACGCCCGAGGGGAGGUUUCGACGCUACAUCCGGUUUUACUCUCAGCGUCAGUAAUUAGUUUGUCUUCAAGUAUGUGAAAAGGGACUGAGUAGAAAUGGCUCCGCGUUGACUGUAUUAUACGACAGAUAUCUGGAAACACAAGCAGACUCAGUCGCAGCCAUUCAGAAACCAGCCAUGUCGUGCCGGGACAUCCACGCCACCAACGCCUUUGCUUUCAUCAUCGCCUUUGUGUCUGUGGGCGGGAUCGCCGUGGCGGCGCUGAUCCCACAGUGGCGCGUCACGAGACUCGUCACCUUCAACCGCAACGCCAAGAACGUGAGCGUGUACGACGGGCUGUGGGCUAAAUGCGUGAAACAGGACGGACACUCUGGAUGUUACUACUAUGACUCAGAGUGGUACUCCAAAGUAGACACGCUGGAUCUGCGCCUCCUGCAGUUCUGCCUUCCUGCAGGCCUCACCCUGGGCUCUCUGGCCUUGCUUCUCUCCUUGUCUGGGAUGUUUAAAACCUGCUGCUGCUCGGACAAGCCCGAGCCGGACAUGAAGACCACCAGGUUCCUAGUGAACAGCGCCGGCUGCCAUCUGGUGGCCGGGACGUUCCUGUUCCUGGGUGGGGCGGUCGCCAUGGCGCCUUCAGUGUGGUUCCUGUUCCACACCAAGCAGAUGAACAGUAAAUACGACAACAUCUUCGCCAACGGCUUCGCUGUCUACGUCGCCAUAGGCUGCUCUGGAGGACUCAUGUUAGCCGCGCUGCUUACAUUCAUGUGGUACUGCAUGUGCAAGAAGCUGCCUUCACCCUUCUGGUUGCCCCUGACCCCCAUGUCUUCCUCUCCCUCCACCCAGCCUCUUACUGCCAACGGAUUCCCCCCCUCCCCGGUCUACGGCCCGCAGCCGUUCCCCCCGCAGGCGCUCCCCCCCACAAUCAUCGACACGCAGCCUUUUGUGCCUUCGCAGGGCUACAUUCAAAACGUGAUGGCCCCCGCUCCUGCUCAGGUGUACGUGCCCCAGCAUUCUGCUGCAGACGGGUACGGCUCAGAGAUGGGAGGCACCUACAGCUACGCCCCAUCACAAAGCUACGCCCCAUCACAGAGCUACGCUCCAUCGCAGAGCUACGCGCCGUCGCAGAGCUACGCGCCAUCGCAGGGAUAUGCCUCCAGCUACGCAGGCCACCGCUACUCCACCCGCUCACGGAUGUCGGCCAUAGAGAUCGACAUUCCCGUUCUAACCCAGCCAGAGUGAGCAGUAAGGCGGCUAAGCAGAACACACUGAAGGCCUCCAUGAAGUAGAGCGCUGAUAAAAACUAAUAUACCCCAUUGAUGAGAGUUAAUAAUGUGAGAGCUAUUUUUAGCCUCUAGCUAGUUUAAAAACUCUAUUCAGGCAGGUCGGGCUUGUAGGGCUGAUAAUAGAAGAGAGCCAAGGCCUAACAACACUACGCUAUGAAGGAUUUUAUAAAUAUAUACAUAUAUAUAGAAGUGAAGAUUCCUAAAACCCUGUAUUGAGCUUAGUAUUAAGGAAAGGGAAGAAAUCCACUUAUUUCCCAGCAAAAUAAAAAGCCAGUUCCCUAGAAGACUCGUCAUCUACAUGGUUGGACCACUAAAUGGUGAAAGGGAACCAGUCAGCCAAAUCCACCCUGUUGACCUGCACAUUAAAUCUAUUUUUUACUGUCACCUUCCUGUCAAAGUCCGUUGACUGUUGCGGAGGUCUCUGUUAUCACUACUGAACAUUAACACUGACUAGCAUCUACUUUACCUUGUUUUUUGUCAAGUAAUUGAUCAGUUUGUGUUGUUGUUUUUUUUCUUCUUCCUAACAAGUUAAUGUCACCGUUUCACUGUGAAGAGCAGCUGCUUUUAAUGCACUAAUAAUAUGAAUACUGUACCCGUUUACUCUGCUUUUGUUCACUGGUAUUUUUAUGUUUUAAUUGUGUGGCCUUCUGUGUCAAAAUCACCUCUCAAGCUAAAUGCUAAUUUGUGCUAAAUCUGCCUUUGCAAGUGAAAAUAUUAGAUGAACUCUGUGGAACUGAACAUUUGUGUCAUAAACAGACAGAAAUGUCUGAGCGGACCAAGUGCGGAAGCCAAAUGUAACUUUGUUGCCUUUUGUAUGCUUUGCAUAUUAAGCGCCAAUCGACAUUUUUAAUUGUUUGAAUUAUAUUCUUCAACAUUCAGGUCAAUAAGGCAGUUGGUUUUUUUUCUACACUGUCAAGAUUUUUGUUUUAAAUAAAUCAGAAAACACACUUUU